AGGAUCAAUGAGAUCCCCACGUAUACUCAUUUGAUAUGCGGUCUCUUUGCCGAUCCCAGCGUUAGCUCCGGUGAUGACCACUACGAGGCCAUUCAAACGCCGGUUUCCCUCAUAUAUGCAAACAUAAAUAUAAUAGAAACACAACGAGUGAAUAAUAGUAAACGACUCGACGGACAGGUAGUGGUCAUCACCGGCGGAAACACCGGUAUAGGGAAAGAAACAGCAUUUCAAUUGUCUUUGAGAGGCGCAAAAGUAUACAUAGGAUGUCGAGAUGAAACAAAAGCCGAGACAGCAAUCCGUGACAUCAAAGCCCGGAAUCCAAAGGCAAACAUAAAACAAUUAAAACUUGAUUUAUGUUUACUCAAAUCCGUGAGAGAUUUUGCCAAAAAUCUAUCACAAUUUGAAACACAAUUAGAUAUACUUAUUAAUAAUGCGGGCGUUUUUGGCUGCCCUGAAGGCCGCACUCAGGAGGGCUUUGAACUUCAUUUCGGAAUUAAUUAUUUAAGUCACUUUCUAUUAACAUUGCAUUUAUUACCACUUAUGAGAGUCUCACCAAAAGCAAGAGUAAUCAAUGUGGCCGCCGGUGGCUACGGGUUAGGCAAAAUUAAUUUUACCAACAUUAACUUGCGAAACGGAGUGUACAAUAGGCUAGACGGUUAUAAUAAUAGUGCUAUUCAAUCGGGAACUGGCCAGGCGCUUGAA